UAAUCUGAAUAAAUUUUUGGGUCUUUGCACUGACGACAUACAAUACUUGUCAGUUUGGAAGUAUUGUGCUCGUGGAAGCCUAAAAGGAAUUUCAUGGAUUCAUUCAUCACCAAUUGACUUUCAUGGCUUCUUAACGUCAGCUUGCUGCUUGGUCAAUGAACGUUGGCAAGUUAAAAUUAACGACUAUGGACUUCGUUUUUUAAAAGUCUACGAAAUAAGGCCACAAAAAGUGUUACUUUGGACAGCACCAGAAGUUCUUCGAGAAAACAAUAACGUCGGGUCAAAAGAUGGUGACAUCUACAGUUUUGCAAUUAUAUGCUCCGAAAUAAUCACCAAAAAACUAGCAUUUGAUUAUCCAAAUCGUGAAGAAUCACUUGAAGGUUAUUUUUUUGCUACAUAUUUUUUAUAUCUUCAUUUGAUCCGUGAUUGUUGGUCGGACGAUCCAAAAAAUCGACCAAAAGCCAGCACCGUUAAACAACUGUUAGAUUCAUUUGGCCGUAAAGGAAAUUUAAUGGAUCAUGUCUUUAAAAUGAUGGAAGAGUACGCACAAAAUUUGGAAGAAGAAGUGGAACAACGUACUCGAGAAUUGCUUGAUGAACAAAAAAAAUCUGACCUUUUGCUUUAUCGCAUGUUACCACAAGCAAUAGCUGAGAAAUUAAAACUUGGAGAAACGGUUGCACCAGAAUCUUAUGAUGCUGCUACAGUAUUUUUUUCCGAUGUUGUCAAAUUUACUGAAUUGGCUAGAAAAUGCACUCCACUUCAGGUUGUCAGUCUUCUAAACAAUCUAUACACAAUUUUUGACGGGAUUAUUGAGCAGUGUGGAGUUUACAAGGUGGAAACGAUUGGUGAUGGAUAUCUGUGUGUAUCCGGAUUACCGCGGCGUAAUGGCAACGAUCAUGCAAAAGACGUUGCUGAGAUGGCAUUUGGAUUCCUCCGUAGUCUAAAGUCUUUCGAAAUCCCUCAUUUGCCUGACGAAAGAGUGAAGAUUCGAAUUGGCGUGCAUACGGGACCUGUGGUUGCCGGAGUUAUCGGCCAAACAAUGCCCCGUUAUUGUUUAUUUGGUGAUACUGUCAAUACCGCUUCCCGAAUGGAAAGCAACGGAAAACCUGGACGUAUUCAUAUAUCACCAGAAACAAACAGAUAUCUUACGCAACUUAUUGGCGGUUAUCAAACCGAAUCUCGAGGAGAACUAAUAAUAAAAGUAACAAAAUUUUUUUAUUGCUUAUAA